AUGAAUCGCUUUCCAGAGACCGAUCCUUACGAGGUGCUUGGCCUCCCACAAGGCUGCAGCUCGUUCGAUAUCAGGAUGGCAUACAAGAAGCUAGCGCUCAAAAACCAUCCAGACAGAGCACCGCCAGCCGAGAAAGAGCAGGCCACAGCGCGGUUCAAAGUGGUCGGAGAAGCCUACGAGCUCCUGUCCGAUGAUAGGAAGCGUCGCGAGUACGAUGCAUCCCGUUUAGGAAGCAGCCAAGGUUUUGGGCCAGCAGAAGAGUACCAGGACGACCUCAGUCGCAAACACUUUGGUACCAGUCCCGAUGGCGUACCGUUUAGCUUUACGUGGGAGUCGAGCGCUGAUUCAGCCAGAAGGGCGCAAGCGGGUCGACGUGCGGGUCGCCCGUUCGGUGUGGACGGAUUUGAUCCGUUUGAAUUGUUCAACAUGAUGUUCACCAACGAGUUUAGGUCCACUAAUGGUGGCGUUGGCAAUGUGGGAGGCGGAAGAGGCGGUGGUCAUGAUCCAUUUGGGAUGAUGAACUCCGGUCACCCGAUGGGUGGCAGCAUAUUUGGUGAUAACGAUCCUUUCUUCCAGAACCAUCGCAGGAUGGCUGAUUCAGUAGGAUUCGGAUUCGGCACACCGUUUGCAGCGACUAGAGGACCGUUUGGUCCUGCAAUGGGUACGCAAUUUGGUGAUCCCUAUGGUUCUGGUGGUCCCUUCGGCGCGGGCUUCGCUAGCAGCAGCAGCAGUAGUAGUAGUGGCAGCACAAGGAUGUCGAGCACAACCUAUGGCGGGUUUUCAGGGACAAGCGAAAGCACCACCACUCGCAUCAUUAACGGACACAAACAAACUGUCACGCGCAAAGUUGACGAGAAUGGCAAUGUGACGGUACACACCAUAACGCCAGAGGGAAGCACGGUGCACGUCAACGGUCUGCAGCAAGAGCACCAUCCGCUACUCGGAAAUGCCGCGCCUGCUGCCUCGACGGCCUUACCUGGCAACAGCCAUGCUAGGCGACCGAGCCACGUUGGAACCGCUGCCAACCCUAUUGUGAUUGACUCGGAGUCAGAACCUCCCAAUCGCGCACGUGAGUAUGGCGGAUUGGGCUCGGGCGAAUUCGAUCUUUGA